AUGGAAGAAAAUAUAGUGCGGGAGAUUGGGGAGAUCGAAGCCCAAGGAGGAGGAGAGUCGCCGCCGUUGUUUGACCAAGCCACGCCGCCGCCGCUUUACGCGCCGGCGUCGGUCUCGUCACUCACCCGAGGCGAUGCCGCCGCCGCUUCCAUCAGCAACAAGCGCGGCCGCGUCGCCGCCUCCAGCAAGGCCAUCCAAGGCCUGCGGGAGGUGACGGCGCCGCCGACGGACGGGUCCGACGACUGCUGCGCCAUCUGCCUUCAGGAUCUUGAUUACUCCGACAAGGCCCAUCCAGUUCCGCUGAGGGCCAUGCCUUGCUCGCACACCUUCCACGAGCACUGCAUCUUCGAGUGGCUCCGCCGGAACGCCGUCUGCCCUCUCUGCCGCCACCAGCUGCCCACGGAGGACGACCACGAGCAGGAGCAGGAACAGGGGAUGAGGAGGAUCAGGACCCGGUUCGUCUACAGCGAUGAGGAGGGCCAGGACUAUGGCUUCUGGUACUACACGGCGCAACCUUUCUCCAGGGACGACGAGGAGGAGGAGGAGGAGGAGGUUGUGGUGAGUAUGGCAGCCUUGAGAGAAUUUUACGCUGGUUGGCUCAACAUGGGGCGCAACGCCGCAGCCUCAGCUGAGGAUCAUUCGAUCAGAUCACAAAGCUAG